GAAAAGCUGUAGAGUAAGCGCAUCAGAGAGCAAUUUUUUUCUCAUGACAAAUCACCCCUAUUACGCAUGAAUCCAGUACAAACGUGUCACGGAUUCAAUUCGAAAGUUUUUCAGGAGUCCUCAGUCUGUCACCGAAACUCAAGACAACCUUGGUAUAGUUGAAUUCGACUCUCGCUUACUUGUACUUAGUAGUAUCUCACAUAUCAUUCAUCAUGAAGCUGCUUUUUCUGUCUGUUUUCCUUAUUGGCUGCGUCGUGUCAUCCCACGGGAGAGCUUCAUCACCCAUCGAGCCUCACAUUGUGGCGGUACAGCAGGGUUCGUCAGCCCAAUUGCAUGAUCGACAGUCUUCGAAAGUAGGAAAGCCAUCGAAUAAUGCUGGGGUUGAAGCUGACAAAGAAUUUCCACCGAUUGCUCCCAUUUCGAACCGUGGAUUGCAUGGCCGCAAUCGUCGUCACCGAACGAAGCGUCAAGCUGGAAGUUCCAGCACAGCAGGUAUUGGCGAAUCUGUAAUGGCGCUUAUUGCCAAUCUGAUGCGGGAAAGCGGCUUCGGCGGAGGCUCAGGAGUGAAUGGAGAAGUUGAAUUCAGCAGUGGCUUUGGUCGCACGAUGAACAGCGUGUUCACCAUCGUGAGGAACCAAGCAAAUGCACUUCUGCAUCUCCUCAGAGCUCUAGCUCCACUUGACGGUAUUUUGGCUGAUAACAAUUGGCGUCUAGCCCAAACCGCAAUGAUGCGUCAGGAAACUGCAAGCACUUUCAACAUCAUCAUGGAUUUGCUGCUGCAAGUUGUCCGUGGAAUCAUGAGGUUGUUCGGUGGAAUGGCUUAUUGAGAGGAAAAUAUAAUUGCCUGCGAUACCAAUGAAACGUAAAAAAAGAGCCAAGAUUACGACGAAACGCUUUGACCAAGGACAAACUUGUAUAAAUUUAACUUUCUGCUAUUCCCACACGAGUGUCUGUAUCAUGAGAGGGUCCUAAAAUUUCCGUGUGCUGUUCUUUCGUUUUUGUUUUGAAGAGUGUUUUUCGUUGUUGUCAAAACCGCGAUCACGGGGAAUGCAUGAGAUCAGCAAGUAAUACUGACAGCAAGAGAAGUUGGCGAUCAAAUUUAUUCAUCGUGGUGAAAGGAUAUAAACAAAUUGUGCAAAGAUGGAAAAAUUUGAACA